CCGCGCGUGCUCUCCCUGCUGUCGGCGUCGACGGAGAUCGUCUGCCGCCUGGGCAUGGCGCACGCGCUCGUCGGGCGCUCGCACGGCUGCGACGCGCCGCCGGCGGUGCUCGCGCUGCCGGCCGUCACCUCCCCCAAGAUGGACCCGACGGCGCCGUCGGAGGAGAUCGACGCGGCCGUGCGCGCGGUCGUCGCCGGCGGCGGCCCCGUCUACGAGAUCCGCAACCGCGUGGUCGCGGCGCUCGCGCCGGACGUCAUCCUGACGCAGGACCAGUGCCGCAUCUGCGCCGUGACGCGGGCCGACGUCGCGGGCGCGUGCGCGGACCUUCCCGCGUCGACGAUCGUCACCAUCGAGCCGACGACGCUCGGCGACGUGCUCGGCGACGUGGCGACCAUCGCGGCGGCGCUCGGCGUGCCCGAGCGCGGCGCGCGGCUCGUCGCGUCGAUGGAGCGGCGCCUGGACGCCGUGCGCGCGGCGACGGCCCCGUUUCCUCGCGCGACGGCCUGCCACCUUGAGUGGCUCGCGCCCGUCAUGGGCAGCGGCUACUGGAUCCACGAGCUCUUCGACGCCGCGAACUGCGCCAUGGUCCACGGCGCCAAGGGCGGCCACUGCCCGACGCUCGCGGAUGACGCCGCUCUGAACGACGCCGAAGUCCUCGUCCUCGCGCCCUGCGGCUUCUCCGUCGAGCGGACGCGCCACGAGCUCCGGUCCCUGGGCCUGCCGGAGCGCUGGAAAAACGUCCGCGCGGUCCGCGAGGGCCGGUGCUACGUCGCCGACGGCGACCGUUUUUAUAAUCGGUCGUCGUGCGAGGUCGUCGAGACCGCGGAGAUGACGGCGGAGAUGGCGUUCCCCGAGCUCCGC